AUGGCUGAAAAGAAACCCGUAGAACCCGAACCCGAACCUACCGCGGCUCAAGUUAACAAAUUGCCAUCGUAUAUACCCGCCCCUAAGAAACCCCAAUAUCGGCCCUCAAAACCUCCAAUGGUUUCGUCUUCUGAAGAAGAGGAUGAAUCCGAAUCCGAAUCCGACCGGUCUGACCCAAAUGUCAAGCCCUCGGCGUCCAAGCCAAUGGUUGGCUCACAAAAAUCCAACUUCAGAAAGCCCAUAUCCGAGCCCAAUGCUACUGGCCCGGGAUUGCUGGUAAUGUCAACAGGGUCAAAACGUGCUCCUGCAGAGGAGAAAGCGAGUGAGGUGAAGGAUACGAAGCGAUUGAAGCCGAAACCAGAGCCCGUGAUUUCAGAGAAAAAGUGGAGUGUUACUAAUGAUGAUAUGAAGGAAAAGCUAUUUCAGAGGCUAUGGAGUGAGGAUGAUGAAAUUGUAAUUCUUAAAGGGAUGACUGAUUACGUGGUGAAGAAAAAAUCUGAUCCAGCUGCUGAUUUGAAUACAUUUCGUGAUUUCAUUAAGAAAAAUUUGAAUGUGGAUGUUACCAAGGUUCAGCUGCAAGAUAAAAUUAGGAGGCUGAAGAAAAAGUACGAUAAAAAUAAGAGUAAGGAGAGGCAGGGUAAGAAAAGGACUUUAGCGAAGGCCCACGAGCAAAAAGUUUAUGAAUUGUCGAAAAAGAUUUGGGGGGAAAAUAAUGGGAAUUAUAGUGGAGGUGAAGCAUUUGAGAAUCCUAAAGGGAAUGGGAGUGCUGUGAGAAAGACUCUGAGUAACAGGCGGUUUUGGAUGCAUUGA